AUGAAAUCCAUCGGGAAGAUCUUGGUUCGCCCCUUCAGCGGCGCGAUCGAGCGGUCCGUCCAAGACGCCGAGCCCAAGCGAUCGCUCUCGCAUGCGCCCUCAGCACCACUCCUGAAGGGCAACGGCGCCCAGAUCAGCCAGAAGCUGAAGCCUCGCAGCCAUGCUCCUCGCGAAAUGCCCAAGUGGCUGGAGCAUGAGCUGAUGCAGGAGAGGUAUGCAGAACAGGCCCAUGAAGACUGGCGCCGAGAUGUCUCGCAUCGUCUCACUCAGAUCCGGCAGAAGCCCCGCCUGAACGAUGCGUUGAACGUGUUGGUCUAUCAGCUGAAGCGAGACGGCCUGACGGAGGGCGAACUCUUCGAGCGGAUCGAUGCCAACAAGGAUGGGGAACUGAGCAAGUCGGAGCUCCAGUCGGCCUUGCGGAAGCUGGGAGUGUCGCUGUCGACCUCGGAGCUGGACGGAAUCCUUCGUAUUUUCGACUCGGACGGAAGCGGUUCCAUCGAUUUCACGGAGUUUUAUCAACUGAUCAAAUCACAGGAAGACUAUCUACCGGAGAACUUCGGCCUCCCAGAUGACAAGGACAAGAAUGACUCGCUGGACGCCUACAAUCCGGGCGACCGCGUGAAGCUUCGGCUUUGUAUCUCCAACAAGGCCUUGCAAGUGGAUGAGCAUGAUGAGCCGCAUACCCUGCAUGGCACCAUUGUGGGCCGUGGCCCACGGAAAGAGACGUACCUUCUAAAGCUGGAGGAUAGCGAAGAAAAGCUGCUGGUGAAACCAAGGCAUAUGUCCAAGACAAAGGCCUCCACCUCCACCUCCUCCAAGUCGCGAUUGCCGCGGAACGGGACGGUGGAAUUAGCGUAG